AUGGACACGCGACAAGUUUUUGUUCGGGAAAUAGAGAAAAAUGAUGGUAAUACAUUAUCUAUCAACCAGUUUGAAGUCGGCGAUGUUGGCUGCGUCGUCUGGGAUGCUGCGCUGGUUUUGUUGAAGUAUAUGGAGACUGCAGACUUUGAUUCUGGACGUGAGUGGCAGGGAAAACGAAUCCUUGAACUCGGAGCUGGUACCGGCGUAGUUGGCAUACAGGCAGCAACUCUUGGUGGAGAUGUGACUAUAACAGACCUGGAAGAGUUUGUUCCCCUGAUGCAAAUGAAUAUUGAAGCCAAUAGCAGGCUGAUGAUGGGCAAAAUUAAAGCCAAGGCACUGAAAUGGAAAGAUGACAUUGCCAAGUUACCAGCAAAUCUGGAUUAUGUGCUCUGUGCUGACUGUAUAUAUUAUGGUGAGUCAUUAGGACCCCUGGUUGAGACGAUCUGUGCAAGUGCAGGAGAAAAGACGAUAGUGCUGUGCUGCUAUGAGCAGCGAACCACAGGAAAUAAGCCGGAGCUGGAGAUGAAAUUCUUUGAGUUAAUCCGAGAGCGGUUCGUAGUGGAGGAAGUGUCACUUGAGAAUCAAGAUCCAUUGUUUAGAAGUGAGGACAUUCAUAUCAUGAGAUUCAGGAAGAAACCCGAUCCCACCUAAAUUCCAGGUGUAGGAUAAUACAGGGGAUGAAAUCUCCAGAGAACACUGCUGCCUUGUCACCGCCAAGU